GAUAGUUGAAAAUCUCUCGAACAUGCCAUCUAUUGUUUCAUUUUCCAUCAUCAUGAAAAGCUCAUACUCAUGGGUGAGUAAGUCGAUCUUUGAGUCCUUCACUUGACUUGUUCCUUCAUAUGUGACCUCUAAUUUGUUCCACAUCUCAUUGGCCGUCUUGCACCUUGAGAUUUUCCGAUAGUCAUCCGGGUUCACGGCACAAUAUAGAAAGUUGAUGGCCCUUGCAUUUAGUUGCAUCUUCUUCUUGUCAUUUGAGACCCGGUCUAGUAUAGUUUGACCGGUCAAGUAAUUUACACCAUCAUUUUUGGCGCCGACCGUGGGACCGUUAGGGUUUUUUCUCUUCGAAACACAAACCUACCCACAGAAACACCACUCAAAAUGUCUUUGAGCCAGCAGAUCAACGCCACCCCCGCUCAGGUGCAAGCCACCACUGAAGGUACCAGCAUCCCCAUGGUUGUUACCCUGCCAACCAUUUCUGCUCCGGUUUUGCCAUUGGGGCUAAGCUCGGUUCCAACACCCAGCAUGGUCAGCCCAUUCACGGCUCCCGUCCCUUCCGCUGGACCAAGGGUCACUUUCCCACCAAGCAUGACCCAGUUCAUGAAUGACCCAGCCAACCUGCAGGCCAUCCAGGGCUUUGGCCAGGUCAUGGCUAUGUGCCAACAGAAUGGGGGGAUGCCUUUCCUCCCUGGUAUGUUCCCGUUCGCUCUUCCAGGCACGGGAACCAUGCCCCUACAAGCUCCAAUGGCGGUGUCUCCCUUCCAAACGCCAGUGCCGCAACCAUCACCUUUCCAGCUGCAGCUAGUCAGCGCUGUGGCCCCCAUCAACUUGACCGGUGCGCUUAACGCCGCAGGGCCAUCGCGCCCCCCGCAAGGUACGAAUCCGCUAAUCACUCCGGAUGGUCACUGCGUCUCGGUUGAAAGCGAAGACGACGAGUGGGACAUUCCAAGGACCCACAAGAAAAAGAAGGGAAAAACCAUCCGACCCGCCACCUCCCGAAACUCCGCCUUCGAAAGGCUGGGGGAUAGGGAGGAGGGCCAGAGAAAAUCAGCCAAGCUGAGGCUGGGGCAGAGCGUGGCCCAUGUCAGUGCGUUCGCCCGGUUAGGUGAGAUGAGGGAGGCCGAGCCUGCCCGCACCGUACGCUUCCGUUCAAACCGGCAGGAGCCAGCCAGGACGAGGGCCUCUCGCCGGGAAGAAGAAGCAGAAAGCCAGCCUAGGGUGCCGGUGGCCAAUCGGUUAACCACCCCCAAUGAUCGCGUCCAACAGAUGGAGGCAAAGUUGGAGAGGCUGGAGAAGAAGGUUGGGGAGAAGAAUGACCGGGAUAAACCCCUCGCGGGGUCCCCGUUCACUACAAGGGUCCAUCUGACACCUUUCCCGCGAAAGGUUAAGAUGGACGCCCCAAGGUUCACCGGUAAGGAGGACCCAGAAAUCCACCUGGACUCCUUCAAUCAGAGUGCAACCAUGAACGGUUGCACAGAUGAAGAAAAGUGCAUCCUUUUCUUCCAGACCUUGCGGAAUCGAGCCACCGAGUGGUUCAACAAGCUUCGCCCGGGAAGCAUUGACUCAUUCAGCGACUUGGCCUCGAAGUUCAAGGCCAAGUUCCAGGAGAACUAUACCAAGAGGAAGAAGUUCACCUAUCUUAGUACAGCCGGGCAGAGGGAAUCUGAGAACCUCACCCAAUUCCUUACCCGGUGGAAGGAGGAGGUAGACAAGGUUGAGGAGAUGGAUGACAAGACAGUGUUGUCCCUCCUCCUGAGUGGCUUACGUGCCGGGGAACUAUACAAGGAGUUCUGCCGGAAACCCCCGGCCACGUACCAAGAGGCCUACCACACUGCAUGGGAGUUUGCUGAGGCUGAAACUCAACUCCGGGCAAAGAAAGAGGCCGAGCAUGGGUUCAAGCCCAAGCCGGUGCAGGGAGUCAUCCGGCAGAUGAUAGACAGCGCAGAACUGGGCAAGGAUUAUCUGCAGAAAGCCCAGGAGAAGAACCAUCAUUGGGUAAGGCCAGCAACCCAGGGAAAUGACCAGGACAAUGACCGGCGGAGGAACAACCGGCCGAGGGAGCAACUGCAUGCCCCUGACAAAGAACAUAUUGGGAUGAUCUUUGGCGGACCCGAAGGAGGAGAUUCAGCCGCGCAGCGGAAAAACUGGGUUCGCAGCAUUUACGUUGGUGAGGUGAAUGCCGAACCGGCCAGGCGUAAGUAUCCCAGGAGGGAGCCAAUAGUCUUCACUGACCGGGACCUCCCUCCUACCGGUGAAGAUCACAAUGAUCCAUUGGUCAUCACCAUGGACAUCAACGGGGUGGACGUCGCCCGGGUACUUGUUGACACCGGCAGCAGUGUCAACAUCCUCUACCUGGAGACCUUCCAGAAACUCAGGUUGUGUCGGACACAACUUGAACCCCUCAAAACCCCUCUCUCAGGCUUCACGGGAGAUACCGUUGAAGCUGAAGGAUCCAUAGUUCUACCGGUCGAACUAGGAUCGGGCGAAAAGACCGUGUGGAAGAGAAUGUGGUUCAUUGUUGUGGAUAUCAAAUGCGUCCACAACGCGAUCCUUGGAAGACCGGGCAUCAAUAAGGUUGGGGCGGUAAUUUCCAUGCCUCACCUGUGCAUGAAGUUCCACACUCCAGAUGGUGUGGGUGAGGUGAAAGGCGACCAGAGGAAUGCCCGGGAGUGCUAUGCCCGGGCAGUCAAGAAGAUGACCAAGGGGGUCAAUGUCAUCUCCCAAGAGAUCACAAAGGGAGAGACCCGGGAGAAAUUGGAGCCCGAGGCCGAGACGGUGGAAAUCGAACUUCACCCGGGUGAUUCUUCGAGGAUGGUCAGAAUUGGAGCGAAUCUCCCCGAAGAUCUCAAGGCAGAGAUUACACGGGUACUCCAAGAGUACGCGGGCAUAUUUGCAUGGAGCGUGGCAGAUAUGCCCGGAAUUGACCGCUCAAUCAUCUGUCACCGGUUGGCAGUAAGGGAGGGAAGUCGACCGGUACGCCAGAAGAAAAGGUACCUGGCCAGCGACCGGCGAGACUUCGUCAAGAAGGAGCAUUCUUACCGGUUAAGGAUACUUCAAGAAAUUACUAGGUUACAGGUGUUCCAUCUACAACCUACCGGUCAUUAAAAAAAAAGAAUACCCCGGUUGGGUAUUGAUAUAGAGGAACUUCGAAAGUUUCACAAGGCGAAGCAGUUCACCGGGCAGACCGUGGAGAAGGGACCUACCGGUCAAACUUUGCUUCACUUUCAAAACAAGAACGAAGGUGUUCAAAAGCCAAAAAGAAGUCUAGCCGGUCAAUCAUUCUUCAAACUGACCACCAAGUUGGAGUUCAACCGGUCAAAGUUAUUCGAUCUGAAUUUUCAAGUAAAGUGAUCAAGAAAAACUUGGAAGAUCU